UGGCUAUAGUGGGACAUUUUCGGGAUAAACAUCAGAUUUUACAGGCCGACACAUACCCACGGUCAAUUCAAAGGAUAUAAUUCUACUUUUUUUUGCCUAAUUAAAAGCUUAUUCUUGUAGCAUUUUAGUUGCUUAUUCUGUUACUUUUUUGUCAGGACACAACUACCCAAAGAGGGACUGUCCCUCGUAAAGUGGGACAGGUGGUAACUAGGUAGUAAUCAGCAUAGUGCAUCGAGCUUCUGUGUUGUGCAGCCUUUCACAGACCUCGGCAUACCUCUCAACUGUCAAGAUGUUUGCCUCAUAUAUUUUUGGGCUGUGUUCCUAAUUGGAAAAAAAUAAUAAGAAUAUUGGGAGAGGAGAAACAAAACGUAAAUUAACUUGCUAUUUUUAUGCUGUGGGUGUGGUUACAGUAAAACAAAGGGCAUGGGGAUGAUAAGGGGAGUUAGGAUGAGAGAAGCCAAAACACUAACCUGUUGAUGAGCAGGGGCGUAACCAGUUGGCUUUUAGAUUAGUAAACGAUUUUUUAACUGAUUAUGGUUACUUGUAUUCAGAGAGUCCCCAAAGCCGUUGUUGAGGAUUGAAGUCACUAAAUGUUGACAUCAAUUUGAGUUACACACUUCAUAUCUUUCAGAGAAUGCAUGCUAACACAACACAUUUGAUUCUAACAACUUUCUAUGUUCUUUGUAAAAGCAACAUUUAAAAUAGCCUACUUUGGGGGUCUUUAUAUCUGCAUUAUUUUAAGCUUUGUUUAGAUUUUGUUAUGCUAAGAGGCUGAGGGAUGUGAACCUCGCCAUGGUUUUAAUUUAAUUUUCUAACAACCAAAAUCUGGGAAGUUGACCAGGUUUAGGAGAGCACACUUUGGAAGUUUUCCAAUUUAAUGCAAAUGGUUGCAUCUGGUCUGACAGGACUACAUUCUAUUUAAAAUAUCCCAGGCAACUUGGUACGAUGGGCAAAUAGCAGAUGGCUGGGAACGAGUAUCACAGUACGCAGUAAUAGCGAUCAACCGCUUACCACCAGAAUCAAGGGCAAAUCUGUUUUGCUGCACCAUGGAUACAGCCCUUGUUGGGGGAAGAUUACAUGAACAUGUUUUCCAUCUGGUACUGUCUGGUUUUCGAGUGCUGCUCUACUGGUGAUUGCAGGAUCACCAAUAAUCUAACUGGACUUGGAGAAGACUUCCACAGGAAGUUACAUGGGCAACAUUUGGCACAGACAGUGGUUUUGAAAGCCAUUCGGGGCUUUUUGAAGAACCCAACCCCAGAGAAGGCACUGGCGCUUUCUUUCCAUGGCUGGUCAGGGACAGGGAAGAACUUUGUUGCCCGUAUGAUUUUGGAAAAUUUGUACCGGGAUGGUAUGAAGAGCGAAUGUGUCAAAAUUUUCAUAUCAGUGUUUCACUUUCCUCAUGCCAAGCUGCUGGAGGCAUAUAAGGUUAAGUUGAAGGAGGACAUCAGAGACGUGGUGCUCAGUUGCCAUCAGUCGCUCUUUAUUUUUGAUGAAGCAGAGAAGUUGCCCCCUGGGCUGCUCGAGAUUGUAAAGCCAUACUUGAAUCACUAUGAAAAUGUGGAUGGUGUGGAUUACAGAAGGUCGAUUUUCUUAUUUUUAAGCAAUUUGGCAGGUAGCACCAUCAUGGAGCUAACACUUCAGUUUUGGCGAGCUGGGAAGAGCCGAGAAGAAAUCACCAUGGAAGACAUAGAGCCUCAGAUAAGGGAGGAAAUGCUCAUUGCUGAAGGUACCGCACCUAACGGUGGAUUUGUUGGCAGCAGUCUACUGUCAGACAACUUGAUAGAUUUCUUUGUGCCUUUCCUGCCUCUUGAAUACAGGCAUGUUAAGCUGUGCACCCAGGAUGCCUUGCAGCUUCGUGGGGUAACAGAUAUCACUGACGCUGUAUUGGACGAAGUAGCACAAGGCAUGGUUUACCUACCAAAGGAGGAAAGGCUUUUCUCUGCUCAGGGCUGUAAAACAGUCUCCCAGCGUCUCAGCUACUUCCUGCCCUGAUGUCGACUUUAAUUCAUGUGCAAGAUUAAUUUUUCUUGGAGUGGUGAAGUUUGAGGACAAGGAAACUGAUUUCUUUGUGAGAUGGAAGAAUACAUUAACAAAUUAAAUUGGCAGCUGCACUUUA